AUGACAAAUAUUUUAUUUAAUGAAGGAAAAUAUGAGGUAACACUUGAUCAAAGAAAAUUAAAAACCCCCAAGGGUAAAUUAUUUUAUGUAGAAAGUGAACCUUUGGCUUUAGCAGUGGCUGCCGAGUGGGACAGACAAAAAACUAAUAUAGUACCCAGCUCAAUGCAUUUGACAGGAUUAUGCUAUACAGUUUUAGACAAUCCCAAUAAGUUCACUAAAGAAGAAAUAGUUAACAAUAUAAUAAAAUAUUUAGAUACAGACACAAUAUUAUAUACUUCAGGGGAAGAAGAUGAAUUAUAUGAUUUGCAAUUAAAAGAAUGGCAACCGAUUUUAAAUUGGUUUUGUAAAAAAUUUGAUAUUUCAAUAGAAUCGUCAAAAGACAUAAGCGGUCCUAAAAUAAGUAUGGAAGCAAAAGACGUUUUGAGAAAAUAUUUAUUAUCGUAUAACUUAUGGGCUGUUCAUGGUUUCAUUUUUACAAUAGAAGCUUUAAAAUCAGUUAUUUUAGGUAUUACAUGUGCUGAAAGAUAUAUUUCAGUUGAAAAAGCUGUUUAUUUAUCAAGACUGGAAGAAGAAUAUCAGGUAGGAAAACGAUGGGGCCGAAUCGAAUGGUCCCACGAAUUAAAUCAACAGGAUACUCAAGCAAGAGUCGCCGCUGGAAUAUUAUUUAUAUACGUUAAUUCUUCUUCGAAUUUAAUUAAAAAUAAAGCUCAAAUUAUUUAA